CUACACAGUUACACUCUGUGGAGUCUUUGAAAAGGUGGCACGAUUGCAAUAUAUAUAUAUAUAUAUAUAUAUAUAUAUAUAUUGUGCUACAAUAUAUAUAUUUUAUUUUUUUUCAAAAUCAAUAAUCUUGUGGCUUGGAAUGCAAGUCAUGAAGGUGACAGUUUUCAUUUUAGUGUCAAUACUGACAGGGAUCGAAACGGCAGAUGAGUCGAAAGCAAAUGAUUUUGCAAGUCCAGUUGUGUCAACAGUACUUGGUGAUUUGAAAGGCACAGUGUCUCAAGUGAAAGGAAGUGAACGGGCGAUUCGUGAAUAUCUUGGGGUUCCUUUUGCCAAACCACCUCUGGGGCCUCUGAGGUUCUCUGCCCCUCAGCCACCUGAGCCGUGGACAGAAGUUCGGGAUGCAACUCAUUCACCUGCCAUUUGUCUACAAAAUGUGGAACAGUAUUUCGCAUCAUUCUCUGAAAUUGCAGAUCCCCAAAAGCCAAUUGUCUCAGAAGACUGUCUAUAUUUAAACAUUUACACUCCAGCAGUGCCUAAACAAGAAUCAAAAUUACCAGUAAUGGUAUGGAUUCAUGGAGGAGCAUUAAUAAUGGGUUCGGCCUCCCAGUAUGAUGGCUCGGCCCUUGCUGCUUAUGAGAAUGUGGUGGUGGUGGUGAUUCAGUAUAGGCUGGGAUAUUUGGGGUUUUUAAGUACUUUUGAUGAAAACUGCUCUGGAAACUGGGGUCUUCUGGAUCAAGUGGCAGCACUGCAGUGGGUUCAAAAGCAUAUUAAAAACUUUGGUGGUGACCCAGACUCUGUUACUAUUUUUGGAGAAUCAUCUGGUGGAUGUAGUGUGUCUGCUCUCGUUUUAUCCCCCUUAUCAUCUGGUUUGUUUCAUAAAGCCAUUUCUGAGAGUGGAGUUAUCUUAUUACCAGGUGUAGUCACAGAAAAUAUAGAUCCAAUAAAAAAGAAAGUUGCUAACCUGACCUCCUGUGAUGAUUCAGACUCUGGCUUGUUUGUCCAGUGUUUGCGACAGAAGACUGAAGAGGACCAUUUAAAUGUAGCCAGAUCGUUCAGUUUUGGAAUUUCUCCAAUGACAAUUGAUGGCGUUGUUCUUCCAAAACCAGUUGAAGAGUUGAUAAAAGCUCAAGAGUUUCAACAAGUUCCAUAUCUUAUAGGAGUUACCAAUGAUGAGUUUGGGUGGCUGCUUGCAAAUGCUUACUUCCCUACUGGGUGGAGCAAUGGAAUGAAUAAAGAAAUGGCAAUUACUUUCUUGAAUCAUGCAAUCCCACCUGAAGGUGGAGUCAAGAAGGCACAUGAAUAUGUUUAUGAGAAAUAUGUUGGAAAUGUCACAGAUCCUGUAAAUAUCCGAGAUCUUUCAACUAAAAUGGCUGGUGAACUGUUUGUGGUGAAGCCAUCUAUAAUGAUGGCUAACAGUCACAGAGAUGCCGGUCUGCCAGUGUACUUGUAUGAGUUUCAGCAUCGAUCAAAAAUUUAUAAUAAUAGAAGACCCAACUUUGUGAAAGCUGAUCAUGCUGAUGAGAUUAGGUUUGUUUUUGGAGCAUGCUUCUGGAAUGGCACACUUCAGUUCAAAGAGCCAUCAAGUGCAGAGGAUGAUCAGCUUUGCAAAGUGUUAAUGGCAUACUGGGCUAAUUUUGCUCGAAAUGGAAAUCCAAAUGGAGAAGGGCUGCUGCAUUGGCCUCUCUAUGAUGAUUCUGAAAGCUACAUGGUACUGAAUUUAACCCAAAGUGUUCAUCAGAAAUUAAUGGGAGACAAAUUGAAAUUCUUACUCCACACUCUACCCCAAAAAAUUAAACACCUGAAAGACAAUGACCAUUAAGUUCUGGAAAUGUAAAUACCAUUCUACAGUAAUACCUUUGAAAAAAAUGAUGUCAAGGUUCAACAGCUUAAGCUUUAAGGGUUUAUGCAUUUGUGAAAGAUUAGUUUUGACUUAAAAUUUAAACAAAGUAAAUUUAAAUAAAAUUAAUAUUCCUCACCAGAA